AUGACCGUGAUUAUCGGGUCUUUGUUUCUUCCAUACACCGUUCAGUUCGAGGUUGGGCCCCAGUUUGACUACAACGGCGUAGACCUCAAGGAGGCUACGCCAGUACCGGGGUCCGCAGCUGAGAUGCGUGACACCAGUCGAUUUCAAUCGGUGCUGACUCCAAUUCCCAUAUCCUUAUCCUUAACUUCGGGGCAAACCAGUCUGAUUCUACCUUCUCUCAGUAAAGCCAAUUCGACGCUGCACACACCACUUCUGCUGCUGCCGAGACAUGGAGAUGCGUCCAAAUACAGUUUGAACGAGAACGACGUCAAUGGCUUUGAAGACUUCUUCUAUAACAGCCAGAAAUGGCACAAAUCACAUGUUCAGCUAGAAGAAAGCUUGAAGGAGAAGCUUCUGCCCCAUUACAUCCAACCAAGAUCACGUUAUCUGCACCUAAACUACCCGAGCUCGUCCGUUGUCGUAGAUAUAAAGAAACAGCAACAGCACGAUGAAGAAAUGGGCAGAACAGGGUUGAAAAUCAACCGCUCCACGACCAAUUUAGUUGAUCUGAACUCAGCUACUUCUCUUUCGGCUCUUAGUAAAGCCGCCACAGGAGCCUCUGCGUCUUCAGUAGGAGCAGGUAAACUUCGCGCGAGGUCGUCGUUGAACAGAGCUCCUCCCACCUUCACACUACAUUCCAAUAGCAGCACCAAUUCUCUAGCUAUAGCCGAGGAACAAGAAGAACAAAAACAAGAAGUCAAUGAAGCUCCUAUUGAGGAUGUCUUCGACCAGGACUUUUACAUUCUGAAUAGAAGAGAAACAAAGUUGGCACCGUUUGGAGGCUUUUCCAACCCAGAUAUAGAGGGAAUGCUCUUCAACCAGGAAAGCAUCUUUGAGAGUGCACCGUGGAAAGUCGUAUUCGCUCAGAAGGGAAACGUUUCGUUGACAAAGGCAGUGAAACUCUCGGUUGAGGAUGGUGUAAUCCACAAUAACAAAUGGGUAGGAACCCUAGCGAUGCCUAGUGAUUCCAUUCCCAAACACGUAAUUGACGACAUAGCCGAAUCUCUCAGUAACAACUACGACUCUGAAGCAGUAUUCCCUAACGAUAUUACGUUCCAGGGACAUUACAAGUCAUUUUGUAAACAAAUUUUGUGGCCCACUUUCCACUAUCAGAUCCCUGAUGAUCCCAAGUCCAAAGCUUUUGAAGACCAUUCUUGGAGCCAUUACAAACUCCUCAAUCAACUCGUAGCAGAUAAAAUCGUAGAAGUAUAUAAGAAAGAAAACGGCGAAGACGCUGAUCCCGCAGACCCAGAGAAUCUCAUCUGGAUUCACGACUACCACUUGUUGUUGGUUCCAUUGAUGAUCCGACAGAAGCUUCCAAAUGCAAAGAUAGGCUUGUUUCUCCAUAUAUCUUUUCCCUCUUCUGAGGUUUUUAGAUGCUUUGCCCAACGUACUGAAAUUCUUCGAGGAAUGCUAGGAGCCAACUGUAUCUCGUUCCAGACGGAAGAGUAUGUGAGACACUUUUUGCAAACCUGCAACCGAUUACUAUUAGCAGAUACAAACGAAUACGGUAUCUCGUACGACGGAAACUUGACUAUGAUAAAUACCAUUCCAGUGGGUAUAGAUGCAGCUUCUCUAAGCGAUGUAGUAGAAAGCGAAGACGUUAAAGAAUGGCGUCUGCUUAUUCGAGAUCGCUGGGGAGGCCAGAACUUAAUAGUAAGCAGGGACAAGCUAGACAAGCUACGUGGUAUCAAACAGAAAUUGCUAGCCUACGAGAUGUUCUUGACAAACAAUCCAGAAUACAUUGAUACCACAGUGUUGAUUCAGAUCUGUAAUGGAUCAGCUAAUGACUCUGAGUACGAGUCUGAAAUUAACCAGAUAGUCGCUAGAAUCAACAGUCUUCCUGACAAUAUCUCAAUGUCUCGACCUGUUGUAUUGCUUCAAAAAGAUAUCGAAUUCAACCAGUAUGUAGCUCUUCAGAGUGAAGCAGAGGUCUUUGUGGUGUCGUCAAUGAGGGAAGGCUUGAACUUAACCUGUCACGAGUUCAUCACCUCUACGAGCGAGAAGAACUCACCAUUGAUCUUAUCUGAAUUCACCGGUUCUGCUUCUUUGCUCAAUUGUAAUGGGAAGGGUUCUCUUUUGAUCAAUCCCUGGGACAUUAAGAAGUUCUCAGAAACGUUCAAACGCCUGUUAACAAUGGAUAAGAAGGAAAAACUCAUGAGAUGGCAAAACUGUUUUGAGGUUGUCUUGACUAGAGAUUCCAGACAUUGGGUUCAGAGUUGUCUCCAGAGUAUAAAUGAAGCCUGGGAAAGAGACUACAAGAAGAAUUCUACAAGUUUAAAAAGAUUUACCAAACAAGCGUUUGAAAAAUUCUACAGGGACGGCAAGAAAGGGAGAAGACUCUUUUUCUUGAAUCUCGAGACUCCUGUCGCAACAGCCAAUCCUUCUCAUCCUAACGCACAUGCUGCCGUAGCAGCAGCAGGCAAGAACUCUUUCAGUGUUCCAGCUACUGUUCAUGCUUUCAUGAGCGAUAUCUUGGAAGACCCUCGUAAUGGUGUAUAUUUAAUGAGUUACUUAAAGAAGAAAGACUUGGAUAGUCUCUACAGAAGAUAUCCCAAGUUGGGUUUAAUUGCUGAAAAUGGAGGUUACAUAAAACUUAUAGGAUCCAGCAAAUGGAUCUCUACUGUUGAUGAGUCGGAACUUCAAAGUUGGAUGUCACAAGUGAAACAGUUGAUCGAUUCGAAAGUCGAAAGGUUGCCGGGUUCCUACUGUGAAGUUGAAGAUUGUACAAUCAGAUUUCACACUGGUCGUGCAUUUAUAGAAGACAGGGAAAGAACUAUAGACACAGUGGGAGACACCAUCCAAUAUAUCAACAGCUUGUUCCAAGAACAGGAUGAUGUACAUGCUACUUUAAUAAGGAAUGUUGUUGUUGUGCAAAAAAACCAAUUAUCGCUCAAGGCCCUCAAGUUCAUUAUAUCGUACUACAAUCAAAUGAAGUCAGGAGUAGAUCCAGAAACACUAAUCAAAGAAUACAGAGUCAAGCAGGUCUCACCGACAGCAAUGCCAACCACUCCAGACAGAAGUUACGAACAGUUGCUUCCACUACUUUCCCCUAAUAGUGGAAGGUCGCAGAAGGGUGUAACUUCCAUAUUCUUUUCUGGAGGAUCUACACCUAUCGAUGAGCCCAGUUACGAGUACAUUAACUUCUUGAAAGAUGUGGGUGAACUCGACAAUGCUUUGGCAGUUGUCGUAUUGGGGGCAGAUUCGGAUGUCAAGACCUCCGCUACUCAUGCUGCCAGAGGUAAAAACGAGCUUUUAGGCAUUUUAUCAAAGGCUACGUUGCGUUAA